AUGACCUAUAAAAAUCGUCUAGAGGUUGUGAGUAACUCAUGUGCUGCACAUCAAAUCAGCAAAUCAAAAAUAGCUUUUAUAAAUUGUCUACAAGCUGUGGCAAACAUUUCGACACAGUUGGGGCGUGGACCAAACCUCUUCUCUUAUCGCAAAGCAAUUGAUCUCGUUUUUGAAGUCUUUCGCAGCGUUAAUUGGGAGUUAAGAAGAGGCCCACACUAUCGUAUAGCCGUUAAACAGGGACUGAGAUUGAAUCGACAAGGAAAGAUGAACAGUGCGACGUGGGUGGUAUACGAAAAGCUGAAUGUUUUGUCAAAAGACCAGAAAGACAUACUACAAACAUGCUUUUAUACAUUCAGCACCGAAGUGAAUCGCAACACAUGUCUACGGCGAGUAUCGGACAAUCUGCUAUUUAUGUGUGUGCGCAUGUGGAGCUUUGAGCCAUGUAGAAUUUAGAAGAAAUAAGGCCGCAAAUAAAGGGACAUGGCUUCUUCAAUUUAGCAAACAUUUGUAAUGCCGACUAAGGGGCACUUCGUUUCUCAUAAACUUGGAAAUUUUUUUCUAUAACCUUGAGAGUUGAUGAAAAAAAAUCAAGUAUUGUUACCCAAACCAGUCUAAAACGUUUUCUCGCUUUUUCAUAUCUUGAAAGGUUAUUUUAUUAUCUAGGGACACGUGUCACAUUCUCGAAUGCCUCUUUUUACAGAGU